AUGAGUGGGAUGAAGCUGCGCGACAGCAUUCGCGCGCCAGUUCGCUAUGGCGAUGGCGAAGCCCCGGAGAUCCCAACGACUCGUAGCGUGCUACGGAUAGGGCUCGACGAUGGUGAUGAUGAUAACGUGGAACUGAGUGACUCGAGCAGACCGCGUCCACAAACGAAGCGCAAGUCAACCACAAAGCCCUUCGACCCCAAUAUGCCGCCUGCUGCGUUCCCUUCACUUGACAGGCCCCAUGCGAAGCCACAAGUCCGUCGACUCAUCAUCAAAAUGCCUCAAUCACGACGCCACAGUGGUACUGACCUCCCUCCUCCUGCUGCUGCUGCGCCUGAACAGAAACGGAGAGUGACAUGGUGUCCCACUACGGUGGAUAAGGUCCCAAUGGAUAACCUUGAAAACCAUGUCGCCAGCAACAACGAUUCGAACCCGGUUUAUGUGCGCAACAUGGCGGUCAUGGCUGGUGCAGCCUUGAAGGACCGGUUUGAUACUAGCGACGAGAACGAGGACACUGCCAUGAGCGACAAUGAGGACUUGCCUGAUCCCACACAGAUACUCCUCAGCAAGAUCCCGAACCCAAAAUGGAGCGAGUUGAACAAUGCACUGCAGGUGGAGAUGGUGGACAGGGCGAUGAAGACCAUGACCUGGAGGACAGUCUGCACCAAGCUCGAGCUGGGACCAGAAGAUCGCCAGAAACUUGCAGAAUACAUGGAUACCCGAAACAAGCAAAUCGAACGAGAGAACAAGCGGCUGGAGGAAAUGCGGAACAAACAACGCGUGGCAUUGAUGAAUAUUGACAACAGCAACAUCAAGAUAUUCGCUCCACCGCCUCAGCUAGUGCUGCAACGGAUAAUGCGACAGGCCACGCGAGAGACAUUAUUGGAUCGGACCAUGUACACGGAUCUGAUGCUGUGCACAUCUGGGGAUGUUUUGGCAGCCAGACAGUAUCUGCAUCAACAUGGACUUCCUCGCAACUGGGCCGGCAACUGGGGCGAUGGCAUGAUCGAGCUGCGAGAAUCCGCAGUUGACUCCCAGGACCCAGAUCAAUUCGAAUGGAAAGACGAAUUGAAAGUGACCCCGCCUUUCGACACUGACAAGCGGCGCGUUAACCCAGCAAUGCAGGCUAGAACCGACUUCAUCCACGAUGUUGGCCUGAGCGGGAGUGGGAUCGUCGACCCCAGGAUGCUGACACGACACAGUGCUGACCCAGAGCCUAUUCAGGACUGGGGCAAAUACUCCGGCCACUGUUAUCCAGACCCAGCGGACCCAACGGGAAUGGACCUAGAUUCGAGUCGGACAAACCCUCGACACCCAGGAAUCGUCAAGUUGAAGGUCGGUCGGCAGAGGGCGGCACAGAUCCAGCAAUACGAGAGAACAGGCACCAAACCCUAUGGGUGGCCUGCGUAUGGGCCAAGACCAUCGCCCAUCACUCUUUCCGCAGAAAUCGAUACUCCAGCCAGGGUGCGUCACAAUCCUCUUGGACCUCAGUUCAGCCCCCGGCCCAAUACCCCGAGUACUCAGCAACACAUCACCCAAUACAUGCCUCAACCUCCCACUACAUUCAGACACAGCAUCCCUACCGCCCAAGAGAACAGUCCGUUUAGCAGAUCCCUUGGAGGAAACUGGUUCUUCAGAGACCUCAACUGUGCAGAAAGUCAAGCGAGAUUCAAACAACGCAUGCAGCAAGCACAUCUUAGCAUGACAGAAAGACAGGGACGAGCCCAAGCCCAGCAAUACGACUUCCAACCCAAACCGCGCGUUUCGGGCGUUAGCGCUGGAGGCAGUCCAUACCGACGAACACAGCCCUACGCAGCAGUGCAGAACAUUGCAAACGCCCAGGCAAUGGUUUCUCGGGCAAUCCCGCAGACCUUUCAGUAUGACGCUUUCUGGUAUGAGCACCAGAGGGCGAGGGCCAUAGGCAACGGAAGCGGCGCGAUGGACGAGUUUGUUUACAGUGAUCCGAUCAUCAUGCCCGAGGAGGAAGAUGAGGAUCCUAGCUUGACUGAUCUGAGCUUGAGCUCUCAUACGGAGGCCUCCAUUGAUGAGAUGAUGAUGGUGCCCACUGAUUCAUGUUCCCCUUCGCAGUAG